UUAACUUUGGGUACAUGCUUUGGGGUCAGCUGACAGUCGGAGACAGGAUCCUCUUGGUGGUGGAGAGGAGUUCACUUGGAGAAGUGGGCCUGUGCUAGCGACUGAGCCCGGAAUCCUCCGUUACGCCCAGACAGUUCAUGAUGCCGUCAGAGAAGUCCUUUAAACAGAGAAGGACUUUCGAGCAGAGAGUGGAAGAUGUGCACCUUAUUCGAGAACAACAUCCCAACAAAAUCCCUGUCAUAAUUGAAAGGUACAAGGGAGAAAAGCAAUUGCCUGUGUUGGACAAGACCAAAUUUCUUGUUCCUGACCAUGUAAACAUGAGUGAACUGAUCAAAAUCAUAAGGAGGCGACUGCAGUUAAAUUCAAACCAAGCAUUUUUCCUGUUGGUGAAUGGGCACAGCAUGGUUAGUGUUUCUACACCCAUAUCUGAGGUUUAUGAACGUGAGAAGGAUGAUGAUGGCUUUCUCUACAUGGUGUAUGCAUCCCAGGAGACCUUUGGAAUGGACACAGCACUGUAACAAUAAUGCUGGUUUGGAAUAGCUGCCUCCAAGUCCCUGUAGUGACCUUGUCAUAACGCAUUGCAAACCAAAAAGGUGGCUUACCCAAACAAACCAGGAAUCAGAAAGAUGAUGCAUAAAAUUACUUGGAUUUAAAAGUUGAUAGUGCAACAGCAGUCUUUUGCUUGUUAGGUUCUCAAAAUUGAGUACUAUGUUAUUGUAAAUUCUAUCUGCAGCAACUUUAAGCCAAAUCCUAAUCGUGUUCAGAGAUAAUCGGGUAUCUUGUAUUGGCUACAGACACGAAGUAAAUUUAAAUAACUUCUGCUAAAAAACUACAUUGUCUGAGCUGACAAUUUUGCUUUGAGUGAGAUUAUCAGGAAUUAUAUUUAAAUUUAACUAUUUAAACCCAACUUAAUCCCACUUUUAAAGUGCCAUUUAAGAUGCUAAAUGGCUAAUUUUCAUAAAAUUGCUGCAUGUCUAACUUUGAUCAGUCACUACUGUUCUUUGGUGUGACAUUUAAAUGGAUGUGCAAAUAUUGCAAGAAGUAAUAUGCAUCCAGCAACAAGUUAAAACAGAAUGGUCAUUUUUUGUGAACGAGCUACUAAGUGGUUUAAUUAAUAAGUAAUAGUUAUCGCAGGUUCUAAAAUGAGGAAAGCCGAUCAUUUCACUUUGCAAAGUCGUCUGUUUAAAUUUCAUAAUUUUUUCAAAAAAUUGUUUAACAUGAAUGUGUUUCAACAAUUUUUUAAAUUCAUUGUUGUUAAUCCAGGCCAGUUUAAAAAUCUUCAUUUUCUUGUGAAUAGCUAUUUGUUCACUCUUAGAUUAAUUUCUAAUGAGCUGUUUCACAAACGUAUUUCAUCUUUAGCUAUCCUAGCUGUUGCUUGGAUUUACACAUUGAGAAAUUGCAGAAAUGAAAAUAAAUAUACGUUCAGAUUAUAUCUAGUAUAUUUUUCUUCUGAAUCUAAUGGCAAUUAUUGGAACAAAAUGUUUUAAUAAAUUUUUCCAAAAUGUCAUAUGCUCUAGUUUGCAGACACAAAUCCUAAAAUAAUAUGCCAUUUGUGUAAGACCUUCAUAUCUUUGUUAGAAUUUGCUGUUUUCCUAAAAUGAAAUUUAGUCCUGAAUUUUAUUUUGGUGUAUACUUGUUCUCGAGCUACUGCUGACUUGAUAUUGCAGAUAAGUUGAUAACUCUCCUAUACCAAUGUCUCCACUGGAUGAGUUUUGAAGCGGCCUGUUUAUAGCCAGAAUACAAAGCAUAACUGUAAAUUCAAAUACUAGUAGUAAUCUCCUUUUUAUUUUUGUGUUGUCUAUAUAUCUAAAGGUUUUCUUCUGUUUUGUUUGUUUGUUGUUAAGUAUUUUUAACUAUUAACUUUGUACUAUGAAAUGUAUUUAAACAAAACUUAUUCUGAAGUUUUUGGAAGACCAAUGGGGCAGGAAAUUCAAAGCUUAUAAUAUGACUUGUUAUGCACACUUUCUUUUGUUUAUGUAUUAUUAGUGGAGACUGUCCCUUCGUUAAUGUUUUGCUUUUACUGCAUACAUUUAAUAUCAGAAAGGUGAAUCAUUAGAGAUAAUGCUUUAUAGCAUCCUCAGAAUACCACACUGUAAACAGUAUAGGCACUGAGCCAGGAAAGGGGUUAAUAACAUUAAAGGGUAGUGGUAAUGUUAUUACCUGGAACUGUUGUAUUUUUUAAAUUAUGAAAUUAGCUGCUGGCACUGUCAACAUUUGGGCAUCAGAUAUAUUCUGGAAUUGACUUAAGACUGCAUACAUUUGGCCAACUCUGAAAGAUUUAAUGAACAUACAGUAUGUUAUGUUAGAACAUCUGCAACUAAUCCACAUUCCAAAAUCUGUUCUAAAACAGGCUAAACAUCGAUGAGCAUUAUUCAUGGCCUCUGAAUCGGUGAUUGCUAGGAAAUUGGUUUUAUUUUUGUGGUCACCAAUAUUUCACUUAGCAACACCUCUGUGUUUUACUGCAAUUGUAACAUUAAGUAAUUGAAACCAGAGUGCACCAAGUCCAAAAGUGUUCAGCGGUGCCUUUUAAGUUUUUAAUUGUCAUUUUAAUUUUAUUACUUUUGCAUUAAUUCUGGAAAUACUAGUGUCAUUUCAAGAACUUCUCUAAUGUAAAUUCUUGAGUACGUUAAACAGAUUUAUGUAUUUUGUAAUUUAGAACAACUUUUUUUAAAUUGAUUACUUUGGAUCUGCUAUUGAUGAACCUAAACUGACGACUUGUAAAUAUACUGUAUAAGAUACUGUUUUGAGAUGUGUGCCUGUAUGGAAAGAUGUAUUUGCCCUUUUCAAAAUAAAUUAGAAAGCAAUGGAA